AUGGCACCAUACACCAAGGUACAGGAGGCGAAAAACAGCAACGGUCAGGCAACAGGGCCUCCUGGCCCUCCACCAGCCGCAGUCCCUCCUCCGCCUGCUGAUCUACCACCAGGGGCCGUUCAGCAAAAGCCUGAAGCCGCUGUCGUCCCGGCUAUUGUGGUCCGGGACUGGACGAACGAGGACAACGCCCAGUUGAAGAAGUUGAAGGAGGACAACAUCAGCUGGCGGAAAAUCGCAGAGACGAUGAACUGGCCGGUCCACGAGCUAAGGGAACGAUGGCGGGCCAUCAAGCCUGAGCUGCCUAAGAAGUCGCAGCAAGAGCCAGAAAAGGUCAAGCAAGACGGCGUUCAGGAGAAGCAAGUCGUGUUUAUGGAGUCAGUCAAGGAGAAAAAGAGUAAAGAAAUCCCAAAGGUGGUAUAUGCAGACGAGAGUCUGAGUACAGAGGAGGCCGUCCUGCUCAGCAAGCUUGCGGACAAGUACGACAAGGAGAUGUGGUUACGCAUCUGCUCCAAGUUCUUUGACAAGACCGGCAAGCGACUUGAUCCAGACGAGGCCAGACGGCACAUCCGUCCGUCAUAA